UAUUGUAACACCUAGUGCCUAACGGAACACUAUGAAUGACUAUAAGAGAAUAAUGACACAUCCAGCUCCAGCUGGCAAGAGUGAAGAGGAGAACACAUUGGCAACCCUCGGGAUGCGGAUUCGGAAAUCGAUCGCUGACGGGUACAGUGGACCAUCGCAUUCCAGUUACUCGUACAAGGGAAAUGCCAAUGUCAAAAGACAACCAUUACCAUCGCAUGUAUCGCAGCCACCGGCGUUGUCCAAUAGUCUGUCGACAUUUGACUCAUCAUCGAGUCUUUCUGAGUGGGAUAGUUCAUUCAGUCUGGUGUUACAGACUAUUCCGCAAGUGAGCUCGAAUAAGAGACGAAUGGAGGAUCUGGAAAAUCUGUAUAUCCAUCCGGUGUAUGGGGUUUUGCGGACUGACGAAGAGUUUUAGGGUUCAGGACGACAAGCCAAACGACGGCUGAGAGUAAAGGGUAUGUAUUUUAUAGGUGAAUUUAUUUCAGGUUAUGAGUCGUAGCUUCAUAGAGUGCUUCUGGUUAACUCAUUCAACAAGUCAGAUCAUAAACAAACUUUCUCUUGAAAUGUCUUCCUUCUAACUUGUAUCAGCAAGUAUUCUAUUGAACACUAUUCUGUGGUUAUUUCU